GGGACGAUGAAUUUAAUGUCUAAAGCUAAAACCUUAUACCAAAAUCUAAACAUGAAUUUUCAACUCUUAUGUUCAUGAAAAGAUUGCUUUAAACUUUAUUAUCUUUAACACACAAAUCAAUAAUUAAAGAUGCAACAUAAGUGUGCCACAACUAAAACAAUUAGGAAAAAUGCAAUUUAUUUAACCCCAUUCAACCUAUACUAGCAUAUAUAUACUAGUAAUAUAGUUUUCCAUUUUUCUAGGGAUUUAUUUAUUUAUUUCUAUAAAUUGUAUACGUUGAAUGAGUUAUGAUUGCAUGAGUGAAGUACCAUGUGCCUUUGUAUGUACUCUCAAAAUUCAGUAUUAAUAAUCCCAUUCACCACUCAUCUUUGACACACAUUCUUUUCUUCUUUCUUUGUAUAUCUCAAGAGGGAAGAGAAGAAAAACAUGAAGUUGCCAAUCUUUCUUCUUCUCAUUCUUGCUCUUCUUGCCCCUAUCUCCACUACAUCUUCACAUGUACAAGAUCCUGAUCUUGUAGUAGAACAUGUCCACAGGAGUAUAAAUGAAUCUAGGAGGAAUUUGGGAUCUCUAUCAUGUGGGACCGGAAAUCCAAUCGACGAUUGCUGGCGGUGUGACAAGAGUUGGGAAAAGAAUCGCCAACGGCUAGCCGAUUGUGCAAUCGGGUUUGGAAAACACGCCAUUGGUGGACGUGAUGGUAAAAUAUACGUUGUCACCGACUCUAAAAAUGAUGAUCCGGUUAACCCUAAACCGGGAACUUUAAGAUACGGGGUGAUCCAAAACGAACCGUUAUGGAUCAUAUUUGCACAUGACAUGACCAUUCGACUCAAAGAAGAACUCUUGAUGAACUCAUUCAAGACCAUCGAUGGUCGUGGGGCCAAUGUUCAUAUAGCCGGUGGACCAUGCAUCACCAUACAAUAUGUGACAAACAUCAUCAUACAUGGUGUCAACAUACAUGAUUGUAAGCAAGGGGGGAACACCGAUGUUAGGGACUCACCGGACCAUUAUGGGUUCCGCACAAUAUCGGAUGGUGAUGGGAUCUCCAUCUUUGGUGGAAGUCAUGUAUGGGUGGAUCAUUGUUCAUUGGCUAAUUGUCAUGAUGGUUUAAUUGAUGCCAUACAUGGAUCCACAGCCAUAACCAUAUCCAAUAACUACAUGACACAUCAUGAUAAGGUCAUGUUAUUGGGACAUAGUGACACUUUACUUCAAGACAAGAAUAUGCAAGUCACAAUUGCAUUUAACCAUUUUGGUGAAGGCCUUGUACAAAGGAUGCCAAGAUGUAGGCAUGGGUAUUUCCAUGUGGUUAACAAUGACUAUACCCAUUGGGAAAUGUAUGCAAUUGGAGGAAGUGCUUCACCAACCAUCAAUAGUCAAGGGAAUAGAUUUCUAGCUCCCAAUACAUAUGAUAAUAAAGAAGUGACAAAACGAGAGGAGGCGUCAGAAAGCGAAUGGAAAAACUGGAAUUGGCGUUCAGAAGGCGACCUCAUGUUAAACGGUGCCUAUUUCACUCCAUCAGGCGCAGGGGCGUCUAAAAGUUAUGCACGAGCAUCAAGCUUAAGUGCAAGACCAUCUUCCAUUGUGGGGUUUGUCACAGCUAACGCAGGUGUACUUCGCUGCACGAGGGGCUCUCGGUGCUAGUCUUAAGCCCCACGGGUCCUUUCGAUUUGUUUCUAAGUUAACAAAAAAGCAAUAUUGUGUUGAUAAUAUUAUAUAAAAUUACUUACAUAAGCAAACAAAUUUUGCACCUCUUGUUAGCCUGUCUCUGUUUCCAUGUAACAAAUUGCCACUUAGGGAAUUCAAUUAUGAACCCUAAUUGAAACAGAUGAAUCAAGAGCUACAAUUGUUAUUGCUUGUUAAAUUUCAUCAAUUAUAACUGUGGUAAUAUUAUCCUUGAUUAUUGUGGUAAUAUUAUUCUUUAUUUUUUUA